AUGUCGUCCAACAACACCUCGGCCAGUGUCUCCAUCGAUAAGUUCGAUGGGGACAACUACUCAACCUGGUGUCGCUACAUGCGCGGCGUGUUUCUGACGAAGUCAGUCUGGUACGUCGUGAACCGCGAAACGUCUCCAACCUUCACCGACACGCGAGCUUCCGACGAGUACGUCAAGGCGAGCAACAUCGCGUUCGGGUUGAUGUUGCUCCACAUGGACGCCGACUACCACCAUGUGGUCGACAACUGUGAAGAAGCAUGGACAGCGUGGUCGCGGUUGAAGAUGCUCUAUGGUGGGUCGCAGAAGGCGGGACGCAUCUACCUCAAGCGCCAGCUGUUCAGCAUCAAGAUGGCGGAAGGUGCCAACGUCUUGCACCAUUGCAACGAAGUCUUGAACAUCGGCGCCAAGCUCAGCAGCAUCGGUGCCAAGAUGGAAGACGAAGACAUUGCGAUCUGCUUACUGCGCAGUCUGCCCAAUAGUUUCGAGAACGUGGUUCUCAACUUGGAGAUGAGCAAUGCAGAGCUGCGCACGCAAGAUGUGGUCAAGGUGCUGACUAACGAGCACAUCAAGCGACAAGGCGAGAAGAUGAAAACGGCAACGACAACGGUGAAGACUGAAGAUGCGACAAAGGCAUUCAGUACCGAGCGCAAGCCCUACCAAUGUACAUACUGCGGCAAGGUGGGGCACACGGCAGAGCGUUGCUGGACGAAGCAAAAGGAUGAAAGUCGAGGAGCCCAACGCGGCGGCAAUGGUCGUCGACGCGGGUCAAACAAUGUCCACUGGCGACAUUAUGAUGAAGGCAAUAGCUACGAUCGAGUGGCGUUUGCAGUUUCGUUCGAAUGCGGAGUUUCGACGAACAAGAAUGGACCAGGAAUGUGGGCCGUUGACAGCGGGGCAACACAUCACAUCUGCCACGACAAGUUCAAGUUUGCAAGCUUGGUCGAAGGCAAUGAUGGUGAGAUCCUGGUGGCUGAUGGCAACAAGGCGGCCAUCAAAGGUGUGGGGACCAUCGUGGAAAAGGCGAUUCUGCCAAACGGGGAAGAGCGCGAGAUCGAGAUCAAGAACGCGCUCUAUGUGCCCAGCAUGAGCAAAAAUCUGCUCUCGGUGCCGCAGAUUAACAAACACGGCAACUUCCAAGUGGUGUUUGACGGGGAUACGAUGUACGUCGCUCGCAAGGAUUCCAAUCAAGUGGUGGCAGCUGCGGAUCUUGUAGACGGACUCUACUGGCUUCGCACGACGCAGCGAUCGGCCAAUGCGACAUCACUCAGCAACGCUGUUGAUCUACAUGCGCGAAUGGGCCAUGCUCCAGUCGACGUGCUUCGCAGGAUGGUGACAAGCCACAUGAUCAAGGACGCUCACAUCCCUUCCAAGCCGAAUGGAUCAAGUGUGUGUCGAGGAUGCCAAGAAGGGAAGAUGGUCCAAAAACCAUUCCCGAGCAACCGUGACAAGCGAACCUACAACACCUUCGAGAUGCUCCACUUCGACAUCUGCGGACCCAUGGAAAAAAAUCUCUGGUCAGAGAGCGAAGAGUGCAUCAAGGAGUACAUCACGAUGAUACAGACGCAGUUCAACAAGAAGGUCAAAUUUGUGCGACACGAUGGAGCCCGCGAGUUUGCGACGAACUCGCUUCAAGAUUUCUACGAAGUCGAAGGCAUCGAGCAACAAACCACGGUGCCAUACGCACAUUAA